ACCACCUGGAGGGCGACCACGACCACUUUAUCACCCAUCGAUGCAUAGCGGCCGACACUGACGGAGACGUGUUGCAUUCAUCGGCGCGCAGGGCUCCUGCCAGCCAAUCCUUUAAGCGGCCAUUGCAGCUUCUUCCUUGGAGCAGUAGCAGUAACAUGAUAUGCGAAGAGUCGUCGUGACUGGCCUUGGAGCAGUCACGCCACUCGCAGCAGGCGUAAAGCAGACAUGGCGGCGUCUUCUGGCUUCUGAGAGCGGUAUAGUCUCGACUAGCACAAAGAAUCUCCAAUUCGAGGCACUUCCUAGUCGAGUAGCUGGCCUUGUGCCUCUCGGAAGCCGCGAAGAUGGGAGAUGGCAGGCCAGAGACUGGCUUCCUGCAAGCGAGGAGCGUCAGAUGGCUCUAUUUGCACAAUACGCAAUAGCUUGCGCUCAUGAGGCUCUGGAGGACGCUGGCUGGCACCCGACCAAGGAAGAGGAUCUCGAGGCCACUGGCGUCACCAUUGGAUCAGGAAUCGGCAAUCUUGACGAAGCAUACAGCACGUCAAUUGCCUUCCAUGAAUCUGGAUAUAGAAAGGUCUCGCCUCUCUUUGUACCCAGACUACUUAUCAACCUAGCAGCCGGCCACGUUUCCAUCAGAUACGGCUUCAAGGGUCCGAACCAUGCUGCAACAACCGCUUGCACAACCGGCAUUCACGCUAUUGGUGAUGCAUCUAGAUUGAUUGCAUUUGGUGACGCCGAUGUCAUGGUGGCAGGCGGCGCCGAAUCCUGCAUACAUCCUCUUGCCGUUGCUGGCUUUGCUCGCGCACGCAGUCUUGCCACUGAUUGGAAUAGCAACCCAUCUGCGUCUUCAAGGCCCUUUGAUCGAGAUCGAGCAGGUUUUGUGAUCGGUGAAGGAGCUGGCGUAGUCGUUCUCGAGGAACUUGAGCAUGCAAAGGCUCGAAACGCGCAUAUCUAUGCAGAGAUCAAAGGUUAUGGCUUGUCUUCAGACGCAUACCAUAUGACUGCACCAAAGGAAAAUGGCCAUGGUGCUUUCCUGGCGAUGAAACAAGCAUUGAAACACGCUCAGACCAAGCCGGAGCAGAUCGACUAUAUCAAUGCGCAUGCCACAUCCACCAAGCUAGGUGAUGCUGCCGAGAAUUCCGCUAUCAAGAAUCUCUUGCUGGGUCAGGAUGGAAAAUCGAAGGCCUCCGAGAUCAACGUUUCUAGCACGAAAGGAGCCAUUGGCCAUCUUCUUGGCGCAGCUGGAGCGGUCGAAGCUAUCUUCACCAUCCUUGCAACCUUCAACAAUAUUCUGCCACCAACACUGAAUCUUGACAAUCCUGGCGACCCUCCCGCUGACUUCAACUGCAACUAUGUCGCCAGAACAGCACAGCAACAUUCCGUAAAGGCAGCAUUGACCAACAGCUUUGGCUUCGGUGGUACAAAUGCCAGCUUGUGCAUAGCAAAGUACAAUGGAUCCUAA